UCUUGCUGUUACAUCAUGUAAAUGCUGUUCUUGUCAACAAUGGCUCCUUUCUCGACUACCACAGACAUCUCUGACUUCUUGAUUUUAAUAUUCAAUUGUGGCGUUGACGUGGCUAAAAGAGAGCAGCUACCUGUCUGAUAUCUGAGGAUUCAUCAGCAGAGACACCAGACUGAAGCAGCUCUGAGCACGAAUCACCAGAUAGCAAAGAUGCAGUGGAGUCUGUUUGUGCUCAUUCUGAUGGGUCAGUGUGCCUUCAUCACAUGUCGCCUCUAUAAGUUUCACUUUAUUGACGAGACUAAGACCUGGACAGAAGCCCAGAGCUACUGCAGAGAACAUUACACUGACCUGGCCACAUUGACUAACAAGACAGACAUGAAGAGACUCUGUAACUAUACAAAGAAUGUACAGUCUGGAGUCUGGAUUGGGCUUUACAAACAAACAGGUACCAAAAGGAAGUGGCACUGGUCUCUGCCAGGGGUGGAGUACACUGAAACCAAGACAAACUGGGCUCCAGGUGAACCAAACAAAAACUGUGUGUUUUUACCUCAACUCGAGAAUGAUAAGUGGGAGAAAGACAAAUGUUCACACAGACAUAAAUUCAUCUGCUACGAUGGAAAGAAGAAAUCCACUAAAAAGUUCCAUUUCAUUAACAAAGAGAAGACCUGGCCACAGGCUCAGAGCUACUGCAGAAAACACCACACUGACCUGGUGAGUGGACGCAAACAGUUAGAAGACGAUGAAUUCAAGGAGGAGCGUCCUCAGGAUGACAAAGACUUGUGGAUCGGCCUGUUCAGAGACAGCUGGAGGUGGUCAGAUGGCAGCAGUUUCUCUUUCAGAUACAGGGAUCUGGACUUAUAUGAAGGAGACAAGAAAUGCGCUAUGAUUGCAAAUGGAAAAUGGAGCUCUGAUAAAUGUGAUGGAGAGAAACCCUUUGUCUGCUAUGAUGAUCACGUGAUCCUGAUCAACCAAAGCAUGACCUGGGUGGACGCCUUAGAUUACUGCAGAGACAAUCACCGUAACCUGGUCUCCAUCACCAGCCUCAACCAGCAGAGGUGGGUCCAAGAGAAAGCCAAGCAGGCCGACUCUGACUACGUCUGGCUGGGACUGCGCUACACCUGCACUCUGGACUUCUGGUUCUGGGUCACUGACCAGGCGGUCCACUACAAUAACUGGAACUCAAGUGUGAAGACGGAUGACUGUGACAUGUCCGGAGCCAUGGACCGCACAGGAGAACAUAAGUGGGUCAGAAAGAAUGACGAGGAGAAGUUUAAUUUCAUCUGUUUCAAGUAAAAACCUUCUCUGCUCGCUGGCAGCAGACACUUUGUUUAUUUACUCUCUUUGUUUGCAGUGGUGUGACGUUUAAACAAUAUAUUUGAUGAUUAUUGAAAGGCAUUCUGGGAAAUGUAGGAGUCUGUUGGAACUACCAACAGACUUUCUAAUAGCAGAUUCUAACUUGAGAGAAAUUAGCUUCAUGAAAGUCUGUUACAAAAUAUCACAAGAUCAGUGAGGAUGUGACAGUGUAACAGGUUUUUCUGUCUCCUUGUUCUGAUACAGGAACACCUGAAUGAUCUCUGUGUUAUUUUAUCAAGUUGUUGUUAGCUUUUUUCUCUCAUUCAAUGUGUGAAUUUUUAUUAUUAUUAAUCUUAUGAGGUUUUGUUUUCUGUAUGAAAAAACUUACCAUCUUCAUGUUAGGAAUAGGAAUAAGUAAACCACAGUUCACAGUAAUGAUUACAACUGUUUUCAUGUAUUUAAUACGGAACAUUUUAAUUUGUUUCUUCAUAUUUGGUUGACAUCUGGUGAUGGAUUUAUGAUUAUAUUACUGAGUGUGAAAUCUUUGUCUUCGAUGAUCAUAUGUUUGGAGUUUUAUGUAAACAAAAAAAAUAUUUCUUUGAGUUGAAUAAAUGAAU